AUGUGUGUAACAGCUUGCGUCAUGCUGAAGCCAAGACUUGAACCACGGAAGUCGGGCCCCUUGAUAGACUAUGCUUCGUUCAAAGAUUUUCCAUUUAUCUUUGCAACCUUGGCAUUUUUUUUCGGAUAUAUGGGAAUGUAUAUUCCAAUUUACUAUAUUCAGAACUAUGCUCUCAAGAUUAACGUUGAUCAAAACCUGGCCAUGUAUUUCGUUACCAUUUUGAACGCCGGAUCAACUUUAGGAAGAAUUCUUCCCAGUUACGUUGCUGAUAAAGUUGGGCCACUUAAUGCACUUUUCCCUUGUAUGGUUAUAGCAACCCUACUUAUAUAUUGCUGGAUCGCAAUAAAAAACCGUUCAGGGCUCAUUGCAUUUGCAGUCCUAGAUGGAUUCUUCACUGGAACUUUUGUAUCAUUACCACCGGCAUGUAUAUCGUACCUCACGCCCGAUAUGAGUUUAAUUGGUACCAGAAUCGGCAUGUCUUUUUUUGUUGCUGCCUUUGGUGCAUUAGCUGGUGCUCCUGUUGCAGGAGCUCUUUUGACUCGAGACCACGGGAAUUAUCUAUAUGCACAGCUUUUCUCCGGUACCUGCAUGGCUCUGUGCAGCUCAUGCGUGUUAGCGUCCAUUUUGGCUAACAGGAUUCGGCCGCCGGCUAGGCCAGUCUCUCCCCAAGACACUGAAGCUGAUCCGAAACUUAAUGAAAUUGGUAAUGAAGAGGAGAAUGAUUAUUUCAAUAAAGUCAGCGCUUCAGAAAUACCUGUUGCUGAUGGUCAAAAGUCAGAGUAA